CCCUUUUAUUCGAAAAGUGAGUCCAUCCCUCCCUCCCUCCCUCAUCUUCUAUUCUCUGCAAUCUUCCAAUGGGAACUCUUUCACUACUGCAUAAUCUUAACGUCUUCUUUCUCUCUCCGCAAAACCCCAUUCUCUCACACCAUUCUUCUCCUUCUCCUCCCCUUUCCCUCAAACCCCUUACUUUCCACUGUUCCAAAUCUUCCCACAUUCCCGCUCUUUCUCCAUCCACUCCCCUCCGCAUUCCACGCACCAUCAGAAUCGAAGCUCGACGCGCCUUAAUGGAUUACCUUCACUUCACACGAAAUUACACUUUCAUACACGCUGAAUUCGUCACCAAUAAUUCUCCACAUUUCAUCAACUCCCUUAUCUCCAAAAUCAACCUCAACAAAAACGGCGACGUUUUUCGAUCUAUCAGGAAGUACCUUAGAUAUAACCCUAUCAACGAAUUCGAACCUUUUCUCGAGAGUUUAGGUAUUAAUCAAUCCGAAUUGCAAUCCAUUCUCCCUAGUCGCACCGUUUUUCUUAGUGAUGAUACUCUUUUAAGUGAUAAUUUUCGUUGCUUGUAUAAUCACGGUGUUCCCAGGAAUCGAAUUGGGAAAAUUUAUACCCAAGCAAGAGAGGUUUUUCGGUUUGAAAAUGGCGUUUUGGCGAAGAAAUUCCAAGAUUAUCAAGGUUUGGGUUUGAGUAAAUCAACUGUUAUUAAGCUUUUUGUUUGUUGUCCUUUGCUUUUGGUUGGUGAUGAUGUUGAUUCUGUGUUUGUUGCUGUUCUUGAUUGGUUGAAUAGAAUUGGGAUUGAAAGUGAAUGGAUUGCGCAUUGUAUGUCUUGUUCAAAAAAUUAUAGUUGGAAAACAAUGCUUGAUAGCAUAGAGUUUCUUCAUCAAGUUGGAUAUUCUGAGAAACAGAUGUAUACUUUGUUUAAGGAAGAUCCUAAGUUGUUGUUGGAUGGUUUUGGUAAGAAGAUGUAUUUGUUAUUGGCUCGGUUGAUUAAGUCAGGCGUUGAGGUGAAUGUGAUUUCUUCUUGUUUCAUAGAGCAUCCUUCUAUUUUGUCAAGUAAGUGUGUGGAGAAUGUGAUGAAUGUGAUUUCUUUUUUGUAUAAUAUUCGAAUGGAACAGGAUGAUAUUGCUUGUGUUUUGUCUAAGUACAUGCAUGUUCUGAGCAAACAUUCGAUAAAAGGUCAUAAAACUGUUUGCAAGGAGUUAGGAAUCGGAAAAGCUGAAUUAUGCCAAAUCAUAAAGGAUGAUCCACUAGAGUUUAUUAGAUUGGCUUCGAAACCGGAACAGAAGGGGACUAGAAGGGACUACAAUGAAGACCCGCGUCGUUAUUUGGAGAAAACAACUUUCUUGUUGAAAUUGGGGUAUCUUGAGAACUCUGAGGAGAUGGAAGAAGCGGUGAAGGUGUUUAAAGGGAGAGGUGAUGAGUUACAAGAGAGAUUCGAUUGCCUGGUAGAAGCUGGUUUGGAUUAUAACAGAGUGGUUGAAAUGAUAAAGCGAGUUCCUGUGAUUCUAAAUCUGAAGAGAACUUUAAUUCAAAAGAAGAUUGAUUUCUUAAUAAAUGUUUUAGGUUACCCAAUAGAAUGUCUUUUGGGAUACCCGACAUACUUUUGCCAUGAUUUGGACAAAAUUACUGCAAGAUUUUCAAUGUAUGAGUGGUUGAAGACGAGGAAUGCAAUAAAUCCUGAGUUAAACUUGAGUAGCAUAGUUUCAUCUAAUGAAAAACGGUUUGUAAAAUACUUUGUGAAUGUGCAUCCUGAAGGUCCAGCCAUUUGGCAAAGUAUAACAAGUUUAUCAAAUAAAGAUAAGAAAUAACAGUUCUUUCUAUUAUAUCAAGUUUUGUUGAGAUUUGUCUAUUUAUCUUAAUA